AUGCGUCUAAAGCACCUUUUCGUAAUUGUCACUACGCUGGCGAUUGUGGAAUGCGGUGCCAUCUGGGAUUCCGUCGACCGCGUAUGGAAAACUACCGGCGCGACCCGUGGUUUGCCCACAACUCCCGGAAACUGCAUCCCGAAACAACCUACAACCUACCCGCCUGCCUCAAUUACCUUCGAGCGGCAAUAUCAAUUGAGGCAAGGACCAGGAACCUUGAUGACGACGUUUACGACCAUGAUGGAUUGCUUUAACGCCUGCUACAGCAACAGCAAUUGCACAACUAUGUGGUUUGCAGGCUAUAAUCGUAGCUGCACGCACUACCCUUACACGAUGAAAUGGUACAACUACAAUCAGACGGUAAAAAAUGCAGAAUAUGUCUACACGAAGCGCUAUGGCGCCUUGGUAAAUGAUCCCCGGCAAUACACGAUCGUAAAUCCAUUGAUUACCAUUCGACAAAAGUUCGUGGGAACAGCAAUGACCAUUAAGUUCAAUUCCUCGUUGAACGCCGAUGGUCCUGUAUCUCUCUGCGUCGCAUGGCGACCAGCCAUGAAAUGCAAACUGCAGGCAUAUAUGUUGGUUCUCGGCACCUUACAACCACAUGCUAAUAAAAAUCCUGCAUUUUUCCUAUCGACUGAAAAAACCAGUGAAUGCGGUUCUUUCAAGGAAAUCUACGAAAAAAAUGCAGGCAAUGGAUUAUAUCAGUAUUCCAAUGAUAAUUCCACCACUGGUUGGGCGAAACUCGAUGGUAUCUUUUCAUGGGACGUUUCCCUAUGU